AUGUUCUCGGUGAUGCGCGAGAAGGCGGAGGACAUGCUCUUCGACGACAAGAAGAAGGGCGACGAGGAGGAGGGCAAGCCCGUCGAGGUGGUAAUCGUCAGCGACGAGGAGGUGAUCGCCGCCGGACGCAAGACGCGCAUCGGUCUCGUCAUAAUCUCCAUCGCCAUGUUCGCGUUUUGCGUCGGCAUGUUGGGCUACUUCGCCCAGCAGCUGACCGUCGUGGUCGGCGGCUCCUGCGGCGACUCGCAGGAUCGCUACCACAACUACGAGCACUGCUGGAACCUCAAGGAGAACUGGUGCGCUCAGACGCAGUGCGCCCAGGGCGCCAACGGCGCGGCCGUGGGCACCGCCAUCGAUCCCUCCACCCUCAACCCGGCCGACCCCAACGUCUGCCCCCAGGGUUGCAGCGUCUGCGGCACCGGGGACGGCCAGACGGAGAAGUGGAUCGAGCAGCUCAAGCGGUUCGACGCGUGCCGCAAAAACACCGCCAAGGUCAGAGAGUGCCUUCCGACGAUGGACCACGACGGCAGCCUCGCCAACUACCGCGGUUACAAGACCGCGCAUCCCUCCUCGCAGCAGGGGGCGUCGGAGGCGUUCAUCCAGCGCGACGCCUUUCUGGACGCGUGCGAUGCUCAAGCAGUGUACGCCGACCGCCGCGAGAGGGGCGGAACCGCGGUGGUGGCUUGCAUCGGCGUGUGCGCGCUCGUCUGGUUCUGCCUGACGUUCUACCUCAUGCGCACGCCCAACUACGCGAAACACCCGCGGGAGACGACGAUGCCGGACCUGGCCAAGUGGCAGGACCGCAAGGAUUUCGUGCACAGGUUCCACCCGAGGUCCGCUUGGCUGUAUUACAACACGGCUAACAACCUGUUCGGCUUCGCGCUCCAGUUGUACUCGUUCUACACCCCGACGAACACCAACAUCCUCACGCCCAUCUUUCAGGGGGCGUGGAUGACCCUCAUGGUGGUCACGCGUGGUGUGCUCGUCUUCAUGGACCAGUACACCCUGAGCGAAGCGGCUAGCGUGUUCUUCGACAUCGGCUUCGGUAUCAUCGGUUUCACCGCGAUCCUCGAGCCGUUCUUCGAGCCGGAGAUCACGACGGACCUUCCCCGGGCCGAUGAGUCCAUCACCGACUACGCCCUCGCCGUCAGGGUCGCCGCGUUCCUCUGGCCGCUCGUCAGCUCCGCGGGCGGUAUCAAGGAUCUCUACUGCGACAACUACUGGCCCUCCCCGGCGACGUUGAAGGCGAUCAGCGAGAAGAAGAAGACGAUCCAGAAGCGCGGCGCGAAGAUCGUCAUCUUCGUGCUCCAGCUCCUCGCCGCGCUCAGCGUCUACGUCAUCAUGGCGCACCCCGCGUGGUGCCACGACUUCCGCACCUGCCAGCGCAAGACCACCUGCGAUCCUCUCGAGGGCGGAAUUCUCAGCCGCAUGGUGUUCGACUACGACAUCAUCGCCGGCGGCGACGGCGCGAACAAGAUGCAGCGCGUGGAGAUGAUCUCGGACGACGGCGCCAAGAAGUGGCGCUGGCAGAUCAACACCAAGACGCAGAUGCAGUUCACCAAGUCCGGCGGCAAGGUUUACGCGGAUCUCAAGUUUGCAGUUCCCGACGCCAACAUCGAGAACAAGGUCACGACGCCGGGUUCCGGGGGCCAGGACAAUAUCGCGUACACGACGCCGACGGAAAACUGCUACACCCGCUUCGAGAUCCAGUGCCACGAGUCCAACCCGCGGCACGCUUUCAAGUCCGAGACCGGCAAAUGGGACUGGGUCGCCUACAACAGUUCCAUGUACAAAUUCGUCGCCCGCCACGACGGCGGCCAGACCUCGGGAGAUUCCACCUGCUUCGGCGCCAACACGCAGUGGUGGACGGACAAAGCCAUGUUCACCGCGGGUCCCGAACUCAAAAUCGGCGACGGCGACGGCGAGGAAAAGGUUGGCUACGUGUUCAUGGAAAACGAGUGCGACACGAUGCAAAACGACAAGCCGCAGGGUUGCAGCAACACCCAGAACAGCCAGAACCCGUGCCGCACCGUCAACUGCCUCGUGGAACCCGCGUACGUCGCGUCGUACGCACCGUACGGACGCGCGGCGGUCACCGGCUCGUGGAAGUACACACCCAGCAACACCGCGGCGCCGACCACGUGGGCCACAACCACGCGAGUUUUCGAGCUCGACAUCAGCCAGUUCCAGCUCGACAACGCGGGCUCGAGCGGCGGCGGAAACCCACCACCAGGCGGCGGCGGCGGCGGCGGAAAUCCACCAGGCGGCGGCGGCGGCGGCGGAAAUCCACCAGGCGGCGGCGGCGGAAAUCCACCAGGCGGCGGCGGCGGCGGAAACAACCAGUGCACUCAAAAGCCCGCGGGCAAUAGCGGCUGCACCCAGACUGGCAAUCCCCCGGAAUGGAAGUGCCCCGGUACCUGCGGCGAGGUAGGGGUUAACGAACGGUGCUGCCCCUGAGCGUCGGGGGUCACACGAUCGUGACACCCAAAGGCGACGAAUGAAGAUGAAGGGUGCGAUGAAGAGUAUGUUAUGUCCUGUCUUGCUUGCAAAGUAGUUUCAUGAAUACGCACGUCGAUCUCACUUU